AAUAUAGUCCAGAAUUAGCCGAACAAUUACGUAAAAAUAUAGAAGAAUCAAAAAAAUUUACACAAUCUGGUUUUCUUACAAGAAAUGCAGAAGUUCUUGAAGCUUUACUUAACGAAAUAGAUAGUGGUGCUGAAUCUAAAAUUAAAUUAGACAAAAUGAAUGCUUCUGUGCAAAAAAUGUUAAAAUUAUACGAAUGGAAUGGUGAUGAUGGCAAGGACGAAAUCGAAAAUAUAAAUAAUCUAGAAAAGUGCGUAGAAAAUAAUAUUAAUCUCUAUUCUGGAACAUGA